AUGACGCCUCGACGUUCCUCUCGGGCUCGCACCUCCCAGCCCUCUCCUGCCCUUCUACAACACACCAACUCUUCCUCUAGCUCCUCAAAUUCCCUUACUCGAGAGAGAAGCACUCGAUCGAAUAAUAAAAAUCAUUCUUCUAACGAAUCAACUGGUCACCGCUCUCAGUCCAUCGAGGAUGCUGAGGGUGGCUCGAAAGACCUUCCACAUACGCGGCAGCGCCAGCGCGCCCAUGACGACGACGAUGAUCCACCCCGCGAAGAAGACGAGGAUGACCUAGAUGACGACGAGGAGGAAGUCACUCGAUGUCUGUGCGGUCAGCAAGAAUAUCCAGGCUUGCCUUUUUCUCGUCGCGAGGCCCUCGGUCGCGGCACCAUUAAGCUGGAGUCGGGACAAGUCCCCACUGAUCCAUCUGAUCCCAUGUCAGAUGACAUUGGAAGCAUGUUCAUCCAGUGUGACUUGUGCAAAGUCUGGCAACACGGUGGCUGUGUUGGGAUCAUGGACGAGGCUACGAGUCCCGACGAAUAUUUCUGCGAGGAAUGCAGGAAGGAUUUGCACAAGAUCAUAGACGAACCUCAUGGACAACAAUCCUCUACCUACCUUCCUGUUGCACCAGAACCAGUUCCGCCGCCACCGCCUCCACCUCCUCCGGCCCCAGCUCCGGCCCCGGUCCCAACUGAGCCUGAGAUACCUGAUGUUCCAGUCAUGCCGGCGGUGGUCCCGUCCCCCGGUCCGUCCUCCCGUGCCUCAUCGAGAGAGAUCUCACGGCGCUCCAGGGAUUCCAAGUCCCGGAACAGUGAGAGUGCCGCCGCGCACGCCAAACGGCGAUCAACAAUGAACAGCCGGGAUGCUGCUUAUGACGAAGAAGAAUUGAUACGACGUGCAAUUGAAGAAAGCAAGGCUGAGACCAAAAGCAAUGCAGAUGAGACGGACACAAAUUUGGGCAAGCGAAGUCGCAGUGACAGUGUGACGAACAGAGAACGAUCGAAACGUCCCCGAACUACUUCAUCCUCACCUAGUUCUGUCUCGAGGCAUAGCAACAUAGCAUCUCACCCGCCUUCUGAUGAUGAGAUGAAACCCAAACCCGCAGUAAACGGGGCUCGUAGACAGAGAGCCGCCUCUCGAGGCCAGUUGGAGAAAGAUUCUCGGAACGAACACGAUGAGGCCGAGACAGAGGCUCCUGGAGCGGCGAAUCGUCGGAAAGAACGAUCAAACCGGCGCAAGGGGGACGAAUCCGAGCAAGAGAUCGGAUCCCCAAAUAAAACCGCACCGCCGGAGCCUGAACAGUCCCAAGCAAGCCCCAACACCCCUACUCCCCAAGAGCCGACACCUGUUCGCCCGUCAACCCGCAAAUCCGGUCGACCUCCCGCUCGUCGCGGUCGUGUUGGACGAAACCAAUAUACCAAAGACCGGGACACCAACGGGAAUGGAGAUUCUGUGUACAUGGCGAACUCGCCGCGCCGCGGUCAGUCUCACGAAAUCGGCGGGGACUCCCCUCGAGUUGGCUACAGCGGUGUUAACGGAGCACACCUCAACGGCGGGGAGUCAGGACGGCCAAGCAAGCCGCGCCACAUGCACCCACAGCGAACAACCAUGAACGAGAUGAAGCGCCGAGUAGCGGCCAUCCUGGAGUUCAUCUCGCGCAUGCAAGUGGAGAUGGCUGUUGCCAGCGAAAAUUCCUCCACACCUACGGGCAACGGCGACCGGGCCCAGGGCCUGCUCUUGAAGAGCAUGGUCGAUCAGAUCGACAGUGCCAUGCCAUCCACGCGCAGCGAUGGCGGCGAGUCUGGCCCCGCAACCACAGAUGGCGGCUACGGCGAAUCGUUGACGACCCAUGACAGGGAUUUCAAGGAGCUCAGCAGCGUCGAGAUGAUGGACGUGCUCACUCGCCAUCUCCUCAAGUGGCAGCAGGAGUACGGCAAGUUUGGAGAACGGUAG